AGACGGACGGACCUCUUGGAUGCAGUGGUUACGCUCGUACCCAGAUACGUAGGCAGUGACUUCAUACUCAUUUUUCUCAGCGCACGUCCAGCGGCCGCCGCUCGCUCCUGUACGAGGAUGGAAACAUCUCCGAGAGAAAAACCGACGUGCCGUCAUGUGUUCGCGGUGAAAGAUUCACACCGGACAUGAGAUCGGACGCGUUUUGUGUCUGUGUUUGCUCUCGCCCUGCCGUGGUUCGGAUGAUUUGAUGGUAAAAUACGUUUUUUGUUGGUUUUGUCCCCCCCCCCCCGCCGCGGUGCGUUCACUUACCAUCAUUUUUUUUUUUUUUGCUUUAAAAACGAAGACGGGCUGCAUCGAGUGAUGAAGAUGACGACUGACGCACUCUACCAAGGUGGCAGCAAUGGCGGAGGCAGCGGAUACUGUGAGCACCACACACUCCUUCGCAGAGGGAUCGAAGACUUUGGCAUCCGUGUAAAUUGUUAAAAGUACGAUGAACGCCACUGUAACACCGUCGGACCUGGUGGACGUGCCAAGACAGCAGAACCUCAAUGGCACCCUGGGCACACCGGCCCUGUCAGGCUGGGCCGUGAUCCACACCGCUACCUUGACCUUUUGCUCCCUCCUCCUCAUCUUCAUCUUCUGCCUGGGCUCCUACGGCAACCUGGUGGUGUUCCUGUCCUUUUUCGACCCGGUGUUUCGCAAGUUCCGCACUAACUUCGACUUCAUGAUCCUCAACCUCUCCUUCUGCGACUUGUUUAUCUGCUGCGUGACCGCCCCCAUGUUCGCGCUGGUGCUCUUCCUGGACGCGGGCGGAGGGGAUGGGGUGUCAAAGAGCUUCUGCUUCGCCUUCCACCUGACCAGCUCGGGCUUCAUCAUCAUGUCCCUGGAGACGGUUGCCGUCAUAGCCCUGCACAGACUGCGCAUGGUUUUGGGGCAGCAGCCCAACCGCACCGCCUCCUUCCCCUGCACGCUGGCCCUCACCGCCCUGCUGUGGACAACCAGCUUCACCAUGGCCGCCCUGCUCACCAUGCGGGCGUACCCCCGCAGGGACGGACCCUGCUUGCCUCACUUUGGCCUCGGAAGCGGGCAGGCCAGGGUUGUGCUGUACGUCUACCUGGCAGACUUUGCCUUUUGCGUUGCCGUCGUGUCCGUGUCCUAUCUGAUGAUCGCCCAGACGCUGAGAAAGAACGCGCAAGUGAGAAAAUGUCCCAUCAUCACUGUAGACGCCACGUGCCCUCCGCCCCCACCGCCUCUCAUCGCAGCAGGCUUUGAGAGCAUGCAGUGUGCUGUUCAAGGCCCCUCUCUGUAUCGUAACCAGACAUAUAACAAGCUGCAGAAUGUUCAGACACACUCUUUUGCCAACAAGACCAGCCAGCCUCUUGUUCCCGGCGCCGCCCAAGGAGCCACCUGCUGUCAGCUGGUGUCUACAGUCAACUUGGCCACAGCCAAAGACUCCAAGGCGGUUGUCACCUGUGUAGUCAUAGUUUUCUCUGUGCUGCUCUGCUGCUUGCCGAUGGGAGUGUCACUGGCACAGGACGUUCUGUCGCCAGAAAGCAGCUUUGCACAUUACCAGUUUGAACUGUGCGGCUUUGUGCUCAUUUUUCUCAAGUCGGGCAUCAACCCCUUUGUGUACUCGCGCAACAGCGCAGGCCUCCGCCGCCGCGUGCUGUGCUGCGUCCAGUGGGCGGCACUGGGCUUUCUCUGCUGCAAGCAAAAGACUCGCCUGCAUGCGAUGGGGAAGGGCAGCCUGGAAGUCAAUCGCAAUAAAUCCUCCCACCACGAGACCAACUCGGCAUAUGUCCUGUCGCCAAAGCCGCAGAGGAGGCUGGUGGACCAGGCUUGCGGGCCCAGCCACUCCAGGGACUGUGCGGGCAGUCCAAAGGCGACAGGUGCGCGCAAGCCUCGCCCGCCGAGCACCUCUACACCUAUCAACACCCGCAUUGAGCCCUACUACAGCAUAUACAACAGCAGCCCCUCCGCGGGGCCCAGCUCCCCCACCAGCCUGCAGCCUGUCAGCUCUCAGACGUUUGCUUUUGCCAAGUCUUAUGUAGCCAUGCACUACCACACUCACCAGGACGCACUGCAAGACUUUGAAAGCACCUCAGUGCACCAGAUUCCCAUUCCCUCUGUCUGAUCAGAGAGCUGCUCCACAGUGAGGUUUGGAUGGUCUCGCCGUGGCUUUAGAUCAAAUGUGAAUCAAAAGAGGAAGACGAAAACAGCCCAUUUUAUGUAUUUGGAUUCUGUAUUAACGUUUGUUUUACUUCUGCAGUGGAAAUACAUGUUAUAUUGUGGAUGAAUUAAAGAAUCUGAAUUAUAAGCCUUGCCAUGGAAGCUCAAACCAAGCAAUAGAAUUGCAACGAAAGUGUCUGUUUAAAAAAAAAAAAAAAAAGACUUACCGUUAAUGACUUACCUUUUACAGAUGCUGCAUUCACACACAUAAAUCUGCCCCUGUGUUGCGCACACGCAUGUGCCAUUAAAACCCAAGACUCUGUAGGUCUUCAUCGCAGCCAAAGACUGCAGUCUCUGGUUUCACUGUCGCUCUCCUCUCUGGUGGAAGUUGCUGAGCACUGACACCAGCCGCUGUGAAACCCUGCACAGGCCCACACGUGGCUGCCGAUGGCAUGUGGUUGCACUUUGACGGACUCCUGCUUCUUCUUGAGAAAAAAAAUAUAUAUUUGUGAACCUCAUACACUUUUCAACACAAUAAAUGUUUGGCAAGUGCA